AUGGAGGAGGAGUUCUCCAAGCUCCGCGCCGCGCACGACGCCGUCGUCCUGCAGAACUGCCACCUCGAGACCGAGCUACUGAAGAUGAAGGACAGGCUGGCGGAGGCGGAGGAGGAGAAGAGGAAGCUCAUCGCGGCUGCCGCGGCAGCCGGCGGCGUCGGAGCGGGCGCAGCAGGAAGCAGCAGCCCGAGCUCGUCGUCGUUCUCGACGGUGACGCACCACCCGGCGGCGCUGGUGGGGCAGUUCGGGGUGGAGCCGGAGGAGGCCGCUGCCGACCUCACCUACAUGAGCGAGUACGCCUACAACAGCUACAUGAACAUGAUGGACCUCGCGCCCGGCUACUUCGGCGGAGUAGUCUACGAUCACUUCAACUGA